AUGCAAAAGUGUAGGGUGUUGGAUUGUCCAAAUAAUGAUCCAUCAAAGCUCGACCGUUCAUUAACGUUUCAUAGAAUACCCAAUGAUCCUUACUAUCGGCAGAAAUGGCUGGAAAACUUGGGUAUGGAAGAUUUAACGCAAACUGAUAAUUUUUACGUUUGCAAUAUUCAUUUUGACGAAAACGACUUCCAACUAGAUCACUCCAAUCACCUCUCAGCUCAAUGGCGCAGCCGCCCAAUAGCUGACCAAUUUGUUUUUGUGUUGAUGGGUUCAUGGGUUGGCUUGUUUUCAAGUUUGUUUGUGUUGAUACCGUAG